AAAAGAGGAAAUUAUUAUUAUUAUUUUUUUUGAAAAAAAAGCAGACUCUCUGAGAUCAGAUGGUAGUAGCCUAGUAGGACAGUUCGUAUAGCGGAGGAGGAGGAGGAGGAUAGGACGAGGAGAGAGAGAGAGAAGUUAGAGAGAGAGAGAUGGGGAAUCCGAAGCAGAAGUGGACGUCGGAGGAAGAAGAAGCGCUGAAAGCGGGAGUGGCGAAACACGGAACUGGAAAGUGGAAGGAUAUUCAGAGAGACCCCGAGUUCAAUCCCUAUCUUCUCAAUCGCUCCAAUAUUGAUCUCAAGGAUAAAUGGAGGAACAUGAGUUGUAGUGCCAAUGGGCAAGGACCCCGGGAGAAGUCAAGAAACUCGAAAGCAAAAGCGAACACAGAUGUUCCGGCUGCUCAACCGUCCGCUGCACAGACUGCCACUACCGUUCCAGCUGCACGUGAUGCAGCAGCGGCCCCAAACCUGGAUGAUUCUUCUAAAGGCGCAUCGGACGGAAAGAAUUUCUCAAUGUACAAUCAAAUGAUUUUCGAAGCACUUUCUACCUUGAAAGAACCAAAUGGAUUGGAAACUAGUGCAAUUGUGAGCUUUAUCGAGCAAAGACAUGAGGUUCCCCAAAAUUUCAGGAGGUUAUUAAGUACAAGAUUGAGAAGGCUGGUUGCACAAGAUAAACUUGAAAAGAUCCAAAACUGCUACAAGAUGAAAAGUGAUGCAGAUGAAAAGCUGCAGCACAAGGAUGCCUCAUUUGGUACGAAAACUCCCGUACCAAAAGUGGAGAACAAACCUCGACAAUUUCAAAAUUCCACUUAUAGGGCUCCUAACGAUUCAGUGGAGGAAGCAGCGAUAGCUGCUGCCUACAAGAUAGCGGAAGCGGAAAAUAAGUCGUUUGUGGCAGCUGAAGCAGUGAAGGAGGCAGAGAGAAUUUCGGAGAUGGCCGAGGAGACGGGGUCAGUUUUGCAAUUGGCGAAAGAGAUCUUUGAGAAAUGUUCACAAGGUGAAAUUGUGCUGGCUGCGUGAGGGAUGGAUCCACACCGUAUUGGAAGAUGACCCUUUUAAUUAGAAUUUGUAAAUUUUUCAUGUUUUACUUUCUUUUUUUUUUUUCCCUCACUCUCUUUCAGGUACAAUGAAAUUAAUUUUUUCAUUGUUUAGUUACUUUUACUAAUAAUUAUUCGUGCAUGUUUUCGGCAUGGACCUAACUACGGAGGGGGGGGAAGUCAUGUAUAUCAAAUAUUGACAGGCUUGGAUGCUGUCAUACCGUCACUUUUUGCUAACUAGAGAAGCUAGAAUUUAUAUUACGGAAGAG